AUGGGAUCUCAGGAAAAUGCUAGUUAUACCACGUCCUUCGCAUUCUUUGAGGCUGUCUGGGAGGCCGGCAUUACCCAUGUCUUCGUCAACUUGGGUUCAGACCAUCCCUCGAUCAUCGAAGCGAUUGUCAAAGGACAAAAUGAGAAGCAGGGGAACUUCCCACGGAUAAUUACCUGUCCAAACGAGAUGGUUGCCCUCUCAAUGGCGGACGGCAUGGCGAGAUUGACCAACAAACCUCAAUGCGUGAUCGUGCAUGUUGAUGUCGGUACGCAAGGUCUAGCUGCGGCGGUGCACAACGCCUCGUGCGGACGAGCGCCGGUUCUCAUCUUCGCCGGACUGUCUCCCUACACGAUUGAUGGCGAGUAUCGAGGGUCAAGAACUGAAUACAUCCACUGGAUCCAAGACGUUCCGGACCAGAAGCAGAUCGUCGCUCAAUAUUGUCGAUAUACUGGCGAGAUCAAGGGCGGCCGCAAUGUCAAGCAGAUGGUCAACCGCGCUUUGCAGUUUGCAACCAGUGACCCACAGGGACCGGUGUAUCUGUGCGGUGCAAGAGAACCUAUGGAAGAGGAAAUUGAGCCGUAUCACCUAAAUCAAGAGGUGUGGAAAGCUGUCACACUCGGCGCCUUGCCGGAGGAUGGGGUCAAGAUGAUUGCCGAAGAGCUCGUCAAGGCCAAUGAGCCUCUGCUGAUCGUGGGUUACACCGGUCGUAAUACGGAUUCUGUGGCCGCGGCGAUUGCUUUGGCAAAUACAGUGCCUGGACUUCGAGUUCUCGAUACCGGUGGUUGUGAUAUGUGUUUCCCGACCGACCAUCCGGCAGCCUUGGGCUUGAGAUUUGGCUCCGACCCCGCCAUCACCACAGCGGAUUUCAUCCUUGUGGUUGACUGUGACGUGCCGUGGAUCCCGACGCAAUGCAAGCCUCGCGAGGACGCCAGGAUCGUCCACAUCGACGUGGACCCUCUGAAGCAGCAGAUGCCAGUCUUCUACAUUCCAGCAUAUGCUCGGUUCAAGGCGGACUCGGCGACAGCAUUUACGCAGAUCACGGAUUAUCUUACGACUAAGCCCCAACUGGUUUCCGCUCUGUCGGAUGCCGCCCAUGCCAAAGCCCGCCAGAAGAGACAAGAAGCGUACGAGGCACGAUGGAACUCAUUCAAAGAGCUGGCAAAACUUCCCGCCGACCCCAAGAACAGUUCCAUCAACCCUCAUGUUCUGGGUGGCCAAAUCCGAGCCAACGUGCCCGCAGACACCAUUUUCGCCAUUGAAGCCGUGACUCUGACCACCUUUAUCGCCGACCAGAUUGCUCCCGUGCUGCCGAAAUCAUGGAUCAACUGUGGCGGUGGCGGUCUCGGUUGGUCUGGCGGUGGCGCACUGGGAAUCAAGCUAGCCUCGGACUUUGAACAUCGAGACAUUGAAGGAGGCGACAAGACUGGCACCAACAAGGGCAAGUUCGUCUGCCAGAUCGUCGGUGACGGAACAUUCAUGUUCUCUGUCCCCGGCUCUGUAUACUGGAUCGCGCAACGGUACAAUAUCCCCAUCUUGACCAUUGUCCUCAACAACAAAGGCUGGAACGCCCCGCGCCGGUCCAUGCUCCUGGUCCACCCGCACGGCGAAGGCAGCAAAGUCGACAACAAGGCGUUGAACAUCAGCUUUGAGCCCACACCCGACUAUGCCGGCAUCGCCAAGGCCGCCACGGGUGGUCAUGCCUGGGCUGGAUCCGUGAGCACGGUGGCCGAAUUGCUCGAGCUGUUGCCCCAGGCCGUCACUGCCGUCCAGGAGGGCCGAUGUGCCGUGCUGGAAGUCAAGCUCGGCGAAGAACCCAAGACGACCACGCAGAAGGGAGAGGUCAGUAAAGCCGAGGUGGGUGCUACGAGCGGUUAG